AUGAGUACGAUUGAAUUUAUGGAUUCAAUGCAAAGAGCAAAGAACGUAACGAAUCAUAGUGGUAUAAUGGACAAUAGAAAAUACUCCAAAGGUCCAAUAUUACGUAAAUGCUCAACGCCAGUGAGAAAUUGCUCAUUGAAUUUCGCAAAAGUACCAUUUUAUCCGCCUCCUAUUUUACAUACUUUGCAACAUAAUUCGGCACUAUUAGAUGAAGGAUUUUUUAUAUCAAAGAGGAAAUUGGAACGGUCGAGUAGUGGUUUCGAUGAGAAAACAAAUGUUGAUUUGACGACGACUACGACUGCAGCGAAUGUUGAUAAUUCGAGAGAACUUAUCACAUAUGAUUCGAUGAAUUCAGUAUAUUCGUCAGGAUUUGAAUCGAUAGCUGCGGAGGAGAUAGAAGAGGAGGGGGACGAGGAGGAUAACAAUAAUGAGAUAAGAACGAUCUGUGAAAAUGACGAUAUCGAUAAUAGUUAUGAAAAUACGAGAAAAACGAAACCACCAUUUAAAAAAUCGGUCUAUUCGUUCGAUUCGGGAACAUAUUUGAAUGAGAGUUUAACGAAUAGCACAUCGGAUAUUUUGCAAACUCCUGCAAGUGAUUCCGAAUCGAACAAUGAAUUUCUAAAUUCGCAUGAGAAAAUGAUGAAAACAUCAAAGAAUCGCAAGAAAUAUUCGCUUGUAAAAUCGCUUAAUAAAGUUCGAGCUCUUUCGUUACCUGGUAUAGGAUUUUCAAAGUCUAAGCAACAUGAAAAACAGAAACCUGAAUCAUUACCCUUUGGUAGUGGUUCACUAAAUCGAGGAUGGGAGUUCGUUAGUAUUGAUGAGAUUUGUCGUCGUUUAUCACUCGACCAAGCUAAUUCCAAAGUACUUCCAUUGCCGGAGGGAGCAAGCACAUCGAAAAUACUGGAUGAAUCAAUGAUUCGUGAGGCAUGUUGCGAUAUUGCGAAAAUUCUGCCUCCUCGAGCUGAAGGCUAUCCAUGGAAUUUGAUUUAUAGUUCAGAUAAACAUGGUUAUUCUUUGUCUACUCUUUACAGGAAAAUGAUCGACUGGAAUGAUACGAUGUCACCCAUACUUCUUAUAAUAAAAGAUUGUAAUGACAAUGUUUUCGGUGGUAUGGCUAGUUCGGCUUUGCGCCCUGGUGAACAUUUUUUUGGCACAGGCGACUCAUCGUUUCUGUUUAAGUUCGCUCUUAAUUCAACGACUAAGGAAAGCAUUAUAAAAGGAAGCUAUAAAAAUGAUCUAAGAUUUGCUAUUAUUGAUUUUUCAUGCGGGAUUUUUCAUUUCAGAGAAUUGAAAACAUAUAACUGGACUGGAAAAAAUCAGUAUUUCGUACAAGCAGGUAAACAUUCAUUACUGAUGGGUGCUGGUAGUGGUCAUUAUGGGUUGUGGCUCGAUGCAGAUCUAAAUCUUGGUCGAUCACAGCGUUGUGAUACAUAUAAUAAUGAACCCCUUGCUGGUGAUUCCGAGGAUUUUGCGAUUCAAUCUGUUGAAAUUUUUGGAUUUAGCAUUAUGUAA